AUGAGCGACCAUGGAGGGCAAGAACAGCCCGCGGAAGAUCGCUCGAAAGAGGACGAGCAGCAGGAAAACGCCACAGCCUACCAUGACCCAAGCAUAAGUGACACCCAGAAUUAUGAAAAUGGUCAAGGGGAAAAUGCAGAUAACAAUCCACCCCCACAGAUAGAUAGCAAUGGCAUGACGAGAGGCCCCAUUCCCAGUACGGGAAUACCGCCACUACAGAAUAACAUGAACCUUUUUAGUAACCUCCAGGGUUCCCCGAACAAUCUAUACUACAACAUGGCGCAGUACAACAUGAACCCGAAUUUGAUCGAGUUGCCGGAAAAGGGGAAGAACGGCCCCACUGCACCCACACCCGUAACCUCAGGAGCAGGACCAACGGGGGCGAACUUCGUACACGGAAAGAAUUCUUUUCCUCCAAAUAUGUCAAACUUGCCACCCAACAUGCUGAACAUGCCGCCGCUUAUGAGCAGCCUCCCCCCAAACAUGGCUAAUCUGCCUCCAAACAUGGCUAAUCUGCCUCCAAACAUGGCUAAUCUGCCUCCAAACAUGGCUAACCUGCCUCCAAACAUGGCUAACCUGCCUCCAAACAUGACCAAUCUACCUCCAAACAUGACCAAUCUACCUCCAAACAUGACCAAUCUACCUCCAAACAUGACCAACCUGCCUCCAAACAUGACCAACCUGCCACCCAAUAUGAACUACCUACCACCCAAUAUGAAUCCCCUCAUGCCCAACAUGAUGAACAUGCCACCUCCUCCCUUCAUGAUGAAAAUGAAAAACCAAAUGAAUGGCGCAGAAUCGGGGAUGAAUGGCAUGCCGUAUUACUUCCUGCCCAGUGGGGCACACAUGGGAAACUACGCACAAGGAGGAAUGGACAACAUGACGGAUCCGUUCGGAAACAAUAUGAAUAACCUCCCCCCACCCAUGUACCUUAACGAAACCGGAGGAGCAGAAGAUUAUUACCCAUACAACAACGAUGAGGAGGAGUAUAUGCGAGGGGAGAGGCGCCACAACGGAGAAGACAUGCACGAUGAAUACAUAUCAAGAAGUGAACGAAGGAAAAGGAGAAGAAGAAGGAGGCAUUAUGACGAAGAAAGUUAUUAUGCAAAAAUGAAAUCUAGCCAAGUGGAAGAACCAAUAGAAAAGACAGUCGAGAAGGAGGUUAUUCCAGAGCCAACUGAAUUUAAUAUAGUGAAAGAAAAGGCACGAAAAUGGAAAAUGAUAAAUAGUAAAAAAUAUUCAAAAAAAAAAAAAUUUGGAGUCAUGGAAGAAAAAGAAGAAAUGCCAUGUGAACAUCUUAGAAAAAUAGUCAAAGAACAUGGAGAUAUGAGUAACAAAAAGUACAGAUAUGAUAAGAGAGUAUAUUUGGGUGCCUUGAAAUAUGUGCCACAUGCCGUUUUUAAGCUUUUAGAAAAUAUCCCCAUGCCUUGGGAACAAAUUAAAAAUACAAAGGUUAUUUAUCAUAUCACUGGAGCCAUUACCUUUGUGAAUGAAAUUUUCGUCGUCAUAGAUCCACUGUACAUUGCUCAGUGGGGAACAAUGUGGAUCAUGAUGAGAAGGGAAAAAAGAGAUAGGAAACAUUUCAAAAGAAUGAGAUUUCCUCCCUUCGAUGAUGAAGAACCUCCACUCGAUUACGCAGAUAAUAUUCUAGAUAUAGAACCGUUAGAAUGCAUACAAAUGAAGUUAGAUAAAGAUGAGGACAAAAGUGUUAUCGACUGGUUUUACGAUUCAAAACCUUUACUCUACAAUCGAAACCACAUAUUGGGAACUAGUUAUAAGAAGUAUAAAUUAAGUUUGGAACAAAUGGGGGUCCUCUACAGAUUAGGAAAUCAACUUUUUAGCGAUUUUCAAGACGAUAAUUAUUUUUAUUUAUUCAAUCUAAAAUCCUUCUACACUGCCAAGGCGUUAAAUAUGGCCAUACCAGGUGGACCCAAAUUCGAACCCUUAUACAGAGACAUCUACGAAGAUGACGAAGAUUGGAAUGAGUUCAACGAUAUUAAUAAAAUUAUUAUACGUCAGCAAAUUAGAACGGAAUACAAAAUUGCCUUCCCCUAUUUGUAUAAUAAUAGACCCAGAAAAAUUGCUAUCAGUAAAUAUCACUCUCCUAUGUGUGUCUACAUUAAGUUGGAGGACAUUGAUCUUCCCCCUUUUUAUUUCGACCUUAUCAUCAAUCCUAUUCCAUCUUAUAAAAUAAGAAAUUUGGAUAAUCCAGAGAAGGAGAAAAAAAAUAUGGAUGACUUUUAUCUGAUUUUUACAAGGAAGGAGGUACACUACCAGAGGGUGCCUGUCAGGGGAAGGAACAAUACAAACUCUGUCCACGAUAAAAAUCGCUCCAGGGAACGUUCCAUGGAUGAGUGCGAAAGCGAGUACAGUAGCGAUGCAAGUAGUAGGCGAGAUGGAAAGACAGUUGAUUCCGGGCGCAAAAGUGGUAGGCGUAAGAAAAACGACAAGGAUAUGUACCCGGCAGAACGAGCAACCAAGGGAAAGGAUAAGCGUGACUGCAGGGGGAACAAAAAAGGUGAAGAUCACUCCAGCCAUGACGCGACCUUGUCAGAUGACUACCAGGACAAGAGCGACAGGACAGCGUACAAGAAUGGUGGCGGUAAAAGUAGGGGAAAAGGAAAGCACCAACACCACAGCAGUGACGAAAACAGUGAUACGAACAUCUGCAGCAGCAAGUGUAGAGAUGAAGACCAGGUAGACAAUAGCACGAUAGAGAACUACUCUGGGGACAGCAGCUCCAGGACGGGCUACACCAGGGGUGGAAAGAAGAGGAAAAACCCCUACAAUGGGGAUGACAACGACGACAAUGAUGAUGACAACGACAACAAUGAUGAUGAAAAGAAUGAUGAUGAAAAGAAUGAUGAUGAAAAGAAUGAUGAUGACGAUGAUGGUGCUGACCAGGGAAAAGGUGCCGGGGAGGAUAAGAGCCGGUCCAAGGGGGUCCAAGGCACACCUCAGAGUAAGCUCAAAAUAGUAGUCAAAAAUGUGCAGUACGGAAUGCUGCCGCUGCUGCAUGAGUAUCCCCUCUACACGGAAAGAACCAUCAACGGAAUUCAACUGUACCAUGCGCCCUACCCAUUUAAUAAAAAGUGUGGAUACACAAGGAGAGGAAUAGAUAUCCCCCUUGUGCAGUCAUGGUUCAAAGAACAUAUAUCGACCAAGUACCCAGUCAAGGUUAGGGUGUCCUACCAGAAACUACUCAAGUGUUGGGUGUUAAAUCAUCUACACUCGAAGAGGCCAAAAAGUAUGAAGAAAAAGUAUCUAUUUAGAAUAUUUAAAAGUACGAAAUUUUUCCAGUGUACAGAAAUGGAUUGGGUGGAAGUAGGUCUGCAGGUAUGCAGACAAGGAUACAACAUGCUAAACCUGCUAAUUCAUAGGAAGAAUUUGAAUUAUCUUCACCUGGAUUACAACUUCAAUUUGAAACCAGUCAAAACGCUAACCACCAAGGAGAGGAAGAAGUCUCGUUUUGGUAACGCAUUUCACCUGUGCAGAGAAAUACUCAGAUUAACGAAAUCCAUAGUAGAUUCACAUGUACAAUAUAGGCUUGGGAAUAUUGAUGCAUAUCAAUUGGCAGAUGGUAUACAAUAUAUAUUUUCCCACGUGGGUCAAUUGACAGGAAUGUACAGAUACAAAUACCGACUAAUGAGACAAGUAAGGAUGUGUAAAGAUUUGAAGCAUUUAAUUUAUUAUAGGUUUAAUACAGGAUCUGUGGGAAAGGGCCCUGGUUGUGGAUUGUGGGCACCUCUAUGGAGAGUGUGGAUUUUCUUCCUCAGAGGGGUUAUACCGUUGUUGGAAAGAUGGCUGAGCAAUUUAUUGGCUAGACAAUUCGAGGGAAGAGUCUCCAAAGGAAUUGCUAAAACGGUUACUAAGCAGAGGGUUGAAAGUCACUUCGAUUUAGAACUUAGAGCAGCUGUCAUGCAUGAUAUUAUAGACAUGAUUCCUGCUGGGCUAAAAAAUAAUAAAGGAAAGGCUAGACUCAUUUUGCAACAUCUUAGUGAAGCAUGGAGAUGUUGGAAAGCUAACAUUCCCUGGAAGGUCGUUGGCUUACCACUUCCAGUGGAAAAUAUGAUCAUUCGAUAUAUUAAGCUGAAAGCCGAUUGGUGGAUUAACGCUACUUACUAUAAUAGGGAGAGAAUUAAGAGAGGAGCUACUGUAGACAAAACCGUGUGUAAGAAAAAUUUAGGUAGAUUGACAAGACUCUGGCUGAAGGCUGAACAGGAAAGGCAACAUGAAUAUUUGAAAGAUGGUCCCUAUGUCACUGGAGAAGAAGCUGUCGCCCUUUACACAACAGCAAUUCACUGGUUUGAAUCGCGUAAAUUUACACACAUUCCUUUCCCUCCACUGAAUUAUAAGCAUGACACCAAGUUACUCAUUCUAGCUUUGGAGAAAUUGAAGGAAACUUUUACCGUUAAAAAUAGGCUUAAUCAAUCACAGAGGGAAGAACUGGGGUUCAUAGAACAGGCGUACGACAAUCCCUAUGAAACGCUAUCCAGAAUAAAAAGGCACUUACUCACCCAGAGAGCAUUCAAGGAAAUAUCCAUCUCGUUUUUAGAUCUCUACACGCAUUUAGUCCCUGUGUACGAAGUAGACCCGCUAGAAAAAAUUACAGAUGCUUACCUGGAUCAGUACCUGUGGUAUGAAGGAGACCUAAGAAAUUUAUUUCCCAAUUGGGUUAAGCCCUCCGACAACGAACCGCAGCCAUUACUAGUGUAUAAAAUGUGCCAGGGGAUAAACAACCUACACAAUAUUUGGGAUACACAAAAUAAUGAAUGCCUGGUAAUGUUGCAAACACAAUUUAGUAAAAUAUAUGAGAAAAUCGACUUGACGCUACUGAACAGAUUGCUACGUUUGAUUGUGGAUCACAACAUUGCGGAUUACAUAACGGCGAAGAAUAAUACAAACAUUACCUUUAAAGAUAUGAACCAUAUAAACUCGUUUGGCAUUAUUCGAGGAUUGCAAUUUUCCUCGUUCGUAUUUCAAUACUACACCAUUAUUAUCGAUUUACUCAUUCUGGGCUUGACGAGAGCGUAUGAUAUUGCUGGUCCUUACAACGACGUGAACCCAUUUCUGAGUUUCCAGAAUGUGCGCGUGGAGACCAGACAUCCUAUCAGACUGUACUGUAGAUAUGUAGACAAAAUUUGGAUUCUCUUCAAAUUCUCCAAUGAAGAAUCAAAAGAUUUAAUUCAGAAAUUUUUAACAGAAAAUCCCGACCCAAAUAAUGAAAACAUCGUUGGCUAUAAUAACAAGACCUGUUGGCCAAGAGAUUGUCGAAUGAGGAAAAUGAAGCAUGAUGUCAAUCUGGGUAGAGCAACAUUCUGGGAAAUUCAAAAUAGAAUCCCCAGAUCUUUGACAUCGCUGGAUUGGGAUCACCACAACACCUUUGUCAGUGUCUAUUCGAAGGACAACCCAAAUUUACUUUUCACCAUUGCCGGAUUUGAAGUGCGUAUCCUUCCCAAAAUAAGGCAACUGUCAUAUGGCAUUAACAUGUACACCACGUACAUAAACGAGUAUGGAAAGAAGGAUCCCAGCAAGGAAACUUCCUCCACAACAAAUGCCAAUCAAGCCGGUGGAGGAGAGAAAAACGUGGUCAUAUCAUCCAGUGAAAAGGAAGGCACAUGGAAGCUACAAAACGAAGUUACCAAAGAAAUCACCGCAGAGGCCUAUCUAAAGGUGUCGGAAAAUAGUAUGAAACGAUUUGAAAAUCGAGUUAGGCAAAUUUUAAUGUCAUCUGGAAGUACCACCUUCACCAAAAUUGCAAACAAAUGGAACACCACCCUUAUCGGAUUGAUGACAUAUUUUAGGGAGGCCGUUUUAGAUACAGAAGAAUUGUUAGACCUCCUAGUAAAAUGUGAAAAUAAAAUACAAACUCGUAUAAAGAUAGGUUUAAAUUCGAAGAUGCCUUCUCGUUUUCCACCCGUUGUGUUCUACACACCUAAGGAGUUGGGUGGUCUUGGAAUGCUCUCCAUGGGACACAUAUUAAUUCCAGAGUCCGACCUACGUUAUAUGAAGCAAACAGAUAGCGGGAAAAUUACCCAUUUUAGAGCUGGACUUUCCCACGAAGAAGAUCAGCUGAUACCCAACCUGUACAGAUACAUCUCCACCUGGGAGAGUGAAUUUUUAGAAAGUCAACGUGUGUGGUGUGAAUACGCACUGAAAAGGAAUGAAUGCCACAAUCAAAAUAAGAAAAUAACUUUGGAAGAUUUGGAAGACUCUUGGGAUAAAGGUAUCCCCAGAAUUAACACCCUCUUUCAGAAAGACAGACACACAUUGGCAUACGACAAGGGGUGGAGAAUAAGGCAACUGUUCAAGCAGUAUCAAAUAAUUAAGAGUAACCCUUUUUGGUGGACUAAUCAGAGACACGAUGGAAAACUCUGGAAUCUAAACAAUUAUCGAACGGAUAUGAUUCAAGCCCUAGGAGGGGUUGAAGGGAUACUAGAGCAUACGUUAUUUAAAGGAACUUUUUUCCCGACAUGGGAAGGAUUAUUCUGGGAAAAGGCCAGUGGGUUUGAAGAAUCUAUGAAAUAUAAAAAGUUAACGAAUGCACAAAGAAGUGGAUUGAAUCAAAUCCCCAACAGACGAUUUACCUUAUGGUGGUCUCCAACAAUCAAUCGAGCAAAUGUGUACGUUGGGUUCCAAGUGCAGUUAGACUUAACAGGUAUAUUCAUGCAUGGAAAAAUACCCACACUGAAAAUAUCGCUGAUCCAAAUAUUUAGAGCACAUCUAUGGCAGAAGAUUCACGAAUCGCUAGUUAUGGAUGUAUGUCAAGUGUUUGAUUUGAAUUCUGAUCUUCUAGAAAUCGAAACGGUGCAAAAGGAAACCAUCCACCCGAGAAAAUCUUAUAAAAUGAAUAGCUCCUGUGCAGACAUUCUUCUCUUUGCCAAUUACAAAUGGGGAAUUUCCAAGCCAUCCUUACUUUCAGAUGAUGAUAAUAUUUUUCUGAACAAUUUGGAAAUUAAGUCGAACAGCUCGAUAGCCCUGGGGUCUUAUCCCUACACGUCCAACCAGUACUGGAUUGACAUUCAGCUCCGAUGGGGAGAUUUUGAUUCCCAUGACAUUGAAAGGUACAGCAGAGCCAAGUUUCUAGAUUACACUACAGACAAUUUAUCCAUAUACCCUUGCCUCACUGGGGUCCUCAUAGGAGUAGAUUUGGCAUACAACCUAUACUCCGCAUAUGGCAACUGGUUUAACAACCUCAAACCGUUGAUGCAGAAGGCGUUGCAGAAAAUUAUUCAAUCGAACCCGUCACUCUACGUGCUAAGGGAAAGAAUCAGAAAGGGACUUCAAUUAUACUCCUCUGAACCCACAGAACCAUAUUUAAAUACGCAAAACUACAAUGAACUCUUCUCCUCGCAGACCAUCUGGUUUGUAGAUGACACCAAUGUUUACCGAGUUACCAUCCAUAAGACCUUCGAAGGGAACCUAACCACCAAGCCGAUUAAUGGCGCCAUCUUCAUUUUGAAUCCCAAAACAGGACAACUCUUUUUAAAAAUUAUCCACACAUCUGUAUGGAUUGGGCAAAAACGUUUAUCUCAGCUAGCCAAAUGGAAGACAGCAGAAGAAGUGGCCUCCCUAAUUAGGUCUCUCCCUAUAGAAGAACAACCAAAACAAAUUAUCGUAACUAGGAAAGGAAUGCUAGAUCCAUUGGAAGUGCACUUGUUAGAUUUCCCAAAUAUUAUAAUCAAAGGAACGGAGUUGAAUCUCCCAUUCCAAGCCUUACUAAAACUGAACAAAAUAGGAGAUCUUAUCUUAAAAGCAACCCAGCCACAAAUGCUUCUAUUCAAUUUGUAUGAUGACUGGCUAAACACAAUUUCAUCCUUCACCGCAUUUAGUAGACUAAUCCUCAUACUGAGAAGUUUACACAUAAACCCGCAGCAAACGAAAAUCCUCCUGCAACCGAAUAAGAAUAUAGUAACGCAACCACAUCAUAUCUGGCCUUCCUUCAACAAUAACCAGUGGAUUAAUUUAGAAGUUCAAUUGAAGGAUCUAAUUCUUAACGACUAUGCGAAGAGAAACAAUGUACAUAUCGCCUCGCUCACUCAGAACGAAAUAAGGGACAUCCUCCUAGGUAUGGAAAUAACACCCCCAUCUAUACAGAGGCAACAAAUUGCGGAACUGGAAAAAAACAAUUUAGAUAAUAUAGAACAACAAAUGAAGGUUACCACGUCAAAAACGACAACGAAGCAUGGAACUGAAAUGAUUGUCUCAACUUUAUCCCCCCACGAACAGCAAACAUUCACAACAAAGACGGAUUGGAAAAUACGAUACCUUGCUAAUAACUCCCUACUCUUCAGAACAAAAAAUAUUUAUGUAAAUAAUAGUUCCUUAAAAAGUGUAUCUCAAGAAGGAGGAGGCAACAGCGGUGUAAAUACCAUUAGCUCUAUUAACGAUUACACGUACGUCAUUGCCAAAAAUCUACUUGAAAAAUUCAUUUGCAUUUCCGAUCUGAAAAUACAAAUUGGAGGAUUUCUGUACGGUUCCUCCCCACCUGACAACUCCUAUGUGAAGGAGAUUAAAUGCAUUCUUAUCCCCCCCCAGAUUGGGAACUACCAAUCUGUUACCCUGUCAAAUUAUUUACCCUCAAGUAAAUAUUUGGACAAUUUAGAACUCCUCGGUUGGAUUCACACACAGACCACCAACUGCUCCAACACAUCUAACCAUUUAACGACAUACGACAUGGUUGCACAUUUGUCAUUUCUACAAGAGUGUAAAUCCAGGAAGAAGAAAAAAUCAGAUGGAGCGGGAGGAACAUACUCUGAUGACGAUAUCGCACAAGAGGAUAAUGCAAAUGACGACAGUGGACAGUUCUCCAAAAUAUGGGACAAGAACAAAACCAUAAUUCUUACUUGUUCAUUUACUCCUGGUAGCUGUACCAUAAAUGCUUACAAAUUAACUGAUGAUGGGUAUGCAUUUGCCAAGAGCAAACAGAAUUCAGCUGAUCUGUAUGCCUACCCGAAUGCCAACAAUCUGUAUGAACAAGUUCAGAUACUCUUAUCCAAUGUCUUCGUUGGUUUCUUCCUAAUCCCCGAUGAUAACAUAUGGAACUACAAUCUCAUGGGUAUCAAAUUUAACAAUAAUCAAAAAUAUUCUGCUCUGUUGGAUAUCCCGCAACCCUUUUACUCAGACAUACACAGGCCCAACCACUUUCUCCAGUUUUCCCUGCUUGAUCAGAAUGAAGGGGAUGAGGCAGAUGUCGAGACCUCGUUCAUUUGA